AUGGUUCUUAAACCAGGGCAUCACGAGCUUUUUAGAGACAUAAUCCCUCGCGAAGCUAUGCAGUAUGAAUACCUGGCGGAUGGUAUUCUGGCAGUGGCUGCGCUUCAUCUAGCCACUCUCGAGCCUCUACAGAGCUCUGAGCAUAUCAAAACCGCAAUGUUGUAUCAAGACUCAGGGAUCCGUGGUUUCAAAGAAGCACUGUCAAAUGUCUCUGAUGACAAUGUCAACGCAAUAUUCUCAUUCUCAAUCCUCAUCAUGAUAAUCAAUCUCGCUUCGACGGGGUUUUCUUCGGACUUGAAUCCAUCAGAGAAUUUGGUGUCUAUCUUCGAGCUGCUUCGGGGCGUUGUCACCGUGAUAAAGUCUUCGGAACAACGUCUGAAAGAAGGCCCCUUCAAGGUUCUCUUGGAACCACCUAUCGGAGGCAUCCAACUGGUGCCAGAUCCAAGUGAACAAGAAUCAAGGGCUGAAGCGAUAUCGUCUCUCUACGAGCGAGCACGUAUUAUAUCUAAAUACGUUGGGCCGCAGACAUACGAAAUUUAUUCUGCUGGAAUUCGCAGCCUAGAAACUGCGUUCGAAGAGGUCAUCGGCUUUUCGGGCAGGCACGGCAUGAUAAUCGCAUGGCCAGUCAUGGCACCUCAUCAGCUCAUUACGCUCUUGAAGCAGAGCGAUCCUAUGGCUCUGCUCAUUUGGAUUUAUUAUGGCGUUUUGACGCUCGAAAUUCACGAGCAUUGGUGGGGACGGGAUUUUGGAGUUCUUCUCAUUCAAAAUUUAUCCGAAGCCCUUCUUAAGAUUGACCAAGAGUGGGAUCCUUAUAUUGAGUGGGCAAGACUAAAAGCGGCGAAAGUAUAA